UCAACUCCUCCCCCUUCGCAACGCUUCUCCCUUCUUCUCCUCCUCCUCCUCCUCUGAUCUCUCUCUAUAUAUACUCCUGCCGCCUCCGUUGGGAUACCUCCUUGCUUCCCGUCUCAGGUCGCCAUCGAAGCACCAGUAGCACGCACGAACGCUCUAAAACCAGCGCCAGAUCGCGCGAUCGCCAGCGCGUAGUGUAGCUUGAAGGAUAGUCCCUGAUUGAGGCAGAGGAAGAGGUGGAGGAUGCAGUCGGCGGAGUCGCACUACCAGUCCUACUACGCCGUCCUCGGCGUCCACCCCGGCGCGUCUGCCGCCGAGAUACGCGCCGCCUACCACCGCCUCGCCAUGAGGUGGCACCCGGACAAGAUCGCCAAUGGCCGCGCGGAUCCGGCGCUCGCGGAGGAAGCCAAGGGCAGGUUCCAGAAGAUACACGAGGCGUACCAGGUGUUGUCGGACGAGAAGAGGAGGGCGCUCUACGACGCCGGGGUGUACGACCCCCUUGAGGACGGGCAAGAAGAGGUCGAGGGUUUCCACGAUUUCCUCCAGGAGAUGCUCUCGCUCAUGGCCACCGUUGGGAGAGAGGAGCCCGUGUAUUCCCUUGGCGAACUCCAAUCCAUGCUCGACGGUAUGAUGCAGGAUUUCGCCUCGCCCCAGCCGGCGGCGGCGGCAGCGGCACCACCAAGCAGCAGCAGCAGCAGCAGCAGCAGCUUCUUCACCGGCGCCGGUUCGUCGCGGUUCAACGCACCGAGCAGCGGGCAGAAGCGUCGACGAUCCUCCUCCCGCGUGCGACCCCAGGGGUUCGGCAGCUCGGCGUGCUUCAGCCGCACGGCUUUCUCUGGCUGCUGAGCACUCUCGUUUUCCUGCACGCGUCGCAAUUCAUGCAUCUGGGACUCUGGGUGUCCCAGGCAGGCUUCAGAAACCACUAUGAUCGCCGAUGUGAGGACAGUAUUGUUUGAAGGGUCGUUGGGGAUGUCGAGCUUUUGCGAUGCACGGAGCACACCCGUUAGAUCGAGGGGAAUAAACGAUGGAUAUGUUUCUAGUUGAGCAGGAACACAAGAGGGGCUUUUGGUACUACUUUUUUUUUCCGAGUUUUUUCUAGAUAGGUGUACAUAGAGAACAUCCUCAUUCUGUGCGACCGUGUGACAUUACGAACUGGUGUUGCAUUUGUACAGCUUGAGCUUUUGUGCGUGCGUCUGGUGACAAUUUGUAGUGAAGGUUGUCCUUUUUUUGCCCAAGAUAAAGCCUAUUUUCCAGCUCUGCC